GGGGCUGCGCGCCGGCCUGAGGGCGCACUUUGGUCAAAAAGAAGAAAUAACCACUAACAGCUGAAACAUACAGAUUGUCUCUUCCACUCUGGCUAGGCAGGAGCAAUGGAGACUUCUGAUGGAGAAAGUUUGGGUGUAGCCACCUCCACCACUUCUGAUGAGUUUGAUGCAGUUGUUGGCUAUCUGGAGGAUAUCAUAAUGGAUGAUGACUUCCAGUUAAUACAGAGGAAUUUUUUGGAGAAGCACUACCAGGAGUUUGAUGACUCAGAAGAAAACAAGCUCAUCUAUACAGACAUUUUUAAUGAAUAUAUCUCUUUAGUAGAGAAAUACAUUGAAGAGAAGUUGCUUGAUCGGAUUCGUGGGUUUGAUAUGGUUGCUUUCACAGUGUCAUUGCAACAACACAAAGAUGAAAUGCCAGGUGAUAUAUUUGAUCUGCUUCUCACAUUUACUGACUUUCUGGCUUUCAAAGAAAUGUUCUUGGAAUACAGAGCUGAGAAAGAAGGUCGAAGUCUGGAUUUAAGCAGUGCAUUAGUGGUGACUUCAUUAAACCAUUAAACAAGUC